AUGGCGCUCUUUGCAUCGACGCAGCCCCAGCUCCAGUCCUUCGACGCCGGCGCCUGCGCCGCCGCCACGUUGAACUCGUGCCUCGUCGCCUGUCCCACCGGCGCGGCGAGCCUCGCGACGGCCUCCGGCGCCAUCGUCGGCGUCGAGGGCCUCGAGCACGCGCAGACCCAGCUCCUCAAGGCCGCGGGCCCCGGUGCCGUCGCGCACGCGUGGUCCGCCGACGGCGGCUGCGUCGCGGCCGCCGCGCGGCGCGGCGUGUCCGUCGCGACCGCCGGCGGCGCCGCGACGCUCGACCCCGUCGGCGAGGUCAAGGACGUCGCCGUGCGCGCGCUUCCCGACGGCGCCUACGAGGUCGCCGUCGGCACCUUCGCGGGCGUCGAGCUUUUCAAGAUGGCCGCCGACGGCGCCGCGGCGCCCGGCGUGAUUUUGGGCGAGGGCCGGUGCGCGGUGAAAGUCGCGCACGCGGACGGCGGCGGCGUCGUCGCCGCCUUCCUCGACGGCUUCCUCGCGCGGCUCCCCGGCGACGCCUGGACGCUCGCGCUGCCGGACGGCCGCUGCACGGCGCUGGCGGUGUCGGGCGACCUCGGCGCCGCGGCGAGUUGGCACGGAGGGGUUCUCGGCUUCGACGCGCGGACGGGCGCGGCGCGCUUCGCGGUCGCCGGCGCCGCCGGCGAGCCGGCGCCGCGCGCGCUCGCGGUCCGGAACCGCGCGGUCGCCGUCGCCGGCGACGGCCUCGCCGCGUUCUACGACGACGCCGGCGCGGAGCUCGGCCGGCGGGCCUUGGACCCGCCGACGGUCGCGGGCCUCUGCUGCCUCGGGCCCCGGCUGCUCCUGGCGCUCGAGGCGCGCGACGACAAGGCGCCGCGCGCCGCGGAGCCGCGGCGCUGCCGCCUCGCGCGGCUCGACUGGCCGCGGCCGCGCGCGGCCCUAACCGUCGACCCGGCGCGCCUCGCCAAGCUCGAGGCGCGGCUCCAGGGCGCGGCGCCGCCGCCGCCGAAGAUGGCGCCGGACCGCCUCGCCAAGCUCGAGGCGCGGCUCCAGGGCGCGACCAUCGCGGGCGCCGCCCCUCCGACCGGCUUCGAGACCCCGGGCAAGGCCGCCGGCCCGGCGACCUUCGACGCCCCGCCGCCGCCUCCCCCAUAA